CUCUCGCCGCGGAGCACUGUGGGGCGGCAGCGAUGGCGGCGCUCGGCGUGGGGCGGGCGGCGGCCGGGGGUCUCCUGCGUGCCCAGAGCCUUGGAGUGUGGAGGGGUCUGCGUUCCUCUGCCGCCCUCCAGCAGAUCCCGCGGGCCAAGUCAGACAAUGCCAAGUCAGAGAGCACCUUCCAGGUCACCAUGCUGCCUGGGGACGGCGUGGGCCCCGAGCUGAUGCACGCCGUCAAGGAGGUCUUCAAGGCUGCCAGCGUGCCUGUGGUCUUCGACGAGCACCACCUGAGCGAGGUGCAGAACAUGGCCUCAGAGACAAAACUGGACCAGGUGAUUGACUCCAUGAAGGAAAGCAAAGUGGCCUUGAUAGGGAAGAUCCACACCCCCAUGGAGUACAAGGGAGAGUUGGCUUCCUACGACAUGAGGCUCAGGCGCAAACUGGACUUGUUUGCCAACGUGGUGCAUGUGAAGAGCUUGUCAGGCUACCAAACACGCCACAACAACCUGGACCUUGUCAUCAUCCGCGAGCAGACGGAGGGGGAGUACAGCGCCCUGGAGCACGAGAGUGUCAGGGGAGUCAUCGAGUGCCUGAAGAUCAUCACCCGGGCCAAGUCCCAGCGCAUCGCCAAGUUCGCCUUCGACUACGCCACCAAGAAAGGGCGCUCCAAGGUCACGGCUGUGCACAAAGCCAACAUCAUGAAGUUAGGUGAUGGACUCUUCCUGCGCUGCUGCGAGGAAGUGGCAGAGCUCUACCCCAAGAUCAAAUUUGACACCAUGAUCAUCGACAACUGCUGCAUGCAGCUGGUGCAGAACCCUUACCAGUUUGACGUCCUGGUGAUGCCAAACCUCUAUGGGAACAUUGUGGAUAACCUGGCAGCAGGUCUGGUGGGCGGCGCUGGUGUGGUGCCUGGCGAGAGCUACAGCGCCGAGUAUGCCGUGUUCGAGAUGGGUGCCCGGCACCCCUUUGCCCAGGCCGUGGGCAGGAACAUCGCCAACCCCACUGCCAUGCUGCUCUCAGCCUCCAACAUGCUGCGACACCUCAACCUGGAAUUCCAUGCCAACCUGAUCUCGGACGCAGUGAAGAAGGUGAUCAAAGGUGGCAAAGUUCGGACACGGGACUUGGGCGGUUACUCCACCACUUCUGACUUCGUCAAGUCUGUGAUUGACAGCCUGCACCCCCACUAUGGUGCCUAGGAACCCCCCCCGAAGCCGGGGACGUCGCUGCUGUGCACUCCUCCAGCACCUGCCCAUAGCUCACAGCCCAGCAGCGCCCCCUCCUCUCUCCCUCACCCUGCCCGAGGCCUCCUGGUGCCCUAGGAGAGGGUGACCCUGCCCAGCCCCAACACCCAGUAGUCACCCUCUGUCACACCAGCAAGCACUGCUGCAGGGACCAGUCGGAGUGAGGAUCCCUGAGGUCCUUCUGAUUGAUGGAUGUGCCCUCCAUGCAGGGAGGGGCUCCGGGGUGAUAGGCCACCCCCCCCAAUCUCCACAGGCAGCUUUUAGGGACAGUGGGACCACGGUGGCUGUAGGAACAGGAAAGGAAAAGCCUUCGACGGAGGCUUUAGCAGUGAAGGGACCGCAGGGCUGAUGCCGCAGUGUGCCAGGGUUCCCUGCUUUGCUGCUCCACGCAGGAGGUGACGCAGCUGCAAGGCUUUGUCACCCCCUGUGUGCCAGGCGCCAGUGCAGGAUGCGGAGGCUGCUCCCUGCCCCCUCCCUCUGACACUGUGACUGGUUGCUGCAGGCUGGGGAAGCAGGGGGCUUCAGGCUGAACCACCUUCUGUGCAGGAAUUCUUUUUCCCAGGACUGCCCCACACCUCCACAGCAGCACUGCUAGGGGGUCCAGAUCCCUCUGGGGGGGGCUGCCAGCAGCAGUGUGGGGCUGGCUGGUGAAGGUGCUUGGUGGGACCACAGAAGCUCUGCCGUGGUGCUGUGUGUGUGUGUGAGAGCAGCUGGGACGUGAGCCAGUGCUGUGCUGUACACUCCUGCUCAAAAUAAAGGGUCCAACACUCCA